GGCCUACCAAACAUCAAGGCCAAACUCCCCUCGCGAAACUGGAUGAUCUUCCUCUCCAUCACCGGAUCCUUUGCAGCAGCCGUCUACUACGACAAGCGCGAAACAUCCCGUCUCCAGAAGAAAUACUGCGAUAUGGUCGCUCCCCUCUCCGAGGUCAUUCUGCCCACAACCACAAUGCCCAGGAAAAUGACCAUCUACCUACAAGCGCCGCCAGCCGACGGCCUAAGAAACGCCAGAGAACAUUUCUACGAAUACGUGAAGCCUGUUCUGGUAGCAGGAGCUAUGGAUUGGGAUGUUGUCGAAGGCAGAAGAGAGGGAGACUUGCGUUUCGGAGCUGCAGAAAAGAUCAGAAGAUACAGGCGGAAAGCUGAAGGUCUCGACGAGGACACUGUCGAGCCUACGAAAGACCAGAUCGUCGCCGAGCAGCGAGAACGCGUUGGCUGUGUCGAUGAGGCUGGCGUCAAGGGAGACCUGGUCGUUGGCAGACACGCGUGGAAGGAAUAUCUACGCGGCACACACGAAGGCUGGCUGGGCCCCUUGAAAGAGCCUGUCCAGCUCGAGCAGACCGACGACGUCAAGCAGCACAUCGAUGGCGCACCCUCACUGGGCGAUGCAGCCGUCAAAGCAGCCACCGAUCUGACCAUGAAGGACACUCCUCCCACCGCUUCCUCGGGCUCGUCAACAACCACAAACUCAAACUCGAUCGUCUUCGACUCAAAUGCCGACGACUCUGCAAACACAGCCCCUGAGUCCCUCCCCGACCCGCCAAAGGAAGAAGCACCCGUCAAACCAAAACUCACAAAACCCGACCCCUACAUCUCAACCUCCGCCUACCCCACUGCCACCUUGCCAUCAUCCAUGCCCGGUUCCCUUGGCCCAACCAUCGCAAUUCCCCUGCCUCACCUCCUAGGCUUCUGGAACUUCCCCAUCCGAAUUUACCGUUUCCUCAACCGUCGUUAUGUUGCAGAAGAGAUCUUCUCUCGUACCGCUGCCGCUGUUCUCGCGUCUCACCGCGAAUUCCAAAACUCCGACAUUGAUUACCUGUCACACGAAGAAAAGGAAUGGCACAAGAGCGUGAGGAAGCCCAAGGCUGACUCUGAAGCCGAAGAGGGUGCCGUUCAACAAGAGAAGAAGGAAAGAUUGUGGUUGGAUGAAGUUGUUGUCGAUGAUAGAGUUACAUCGAGAAUGCGUGUCUUUGAGUUGCCCGCCGAAGGCCAGUUGCCUGUAUCAAAUCUGGAGCGAAACAACACACAGCAGCCAGCUUGGACCUACCAGGGUGGUGCCUCUACUAACAAGGAGUAA